CUAUAGAAUCAAUACUGGAAACGAGGCGAGUUAAAUUGUUUGUAUCGACCAGAAGUGCCAUGCAGAAGUUCUAGACCGGCAUAUUCUUAAUUUAUGAAAUUAUGCCGUCUGCAUUUGAGUCAUCUUAACAUAAGGUACCGGAAUUUUACAAAGGACUGGGAUCCAUAAUUAGCAGCUGAUCGUGAAAACGAAAUGGCAGAACUAGCAUAUGAAGACCAUUUUCCGAUGCCAAAUGAUCGAUUUAAAAGUUCCAGUCGAACAAGUGGCAAAAGCGGUCGAAGUAGUAGUCCUACUCAUAGUGCCCAUGCAAACUUUCUCCGCUAUAGUAUAAUGAAAUCUUCAGACGAGAAGAAGGCGAGAAAAGUUCGUUUCUAUAGAAAUGGUGACCGAUUUUUUAAAGGAAUUGUUUAUGCUGUUUCAGCAGAAAGAUUUCGUUGUUUAGAUUCUUUGUUAGUUGAUCUUACAGGAAGUCCUCUGUGCGAUAAAAACAUUCUACCGAAUGGCGUGCGUCAUAUUUUUACUAUGGACGGAACAAAAAAAGUAGCUAACUUAAACCAGUUAGAGGAAGGGGAAAGUUACGUAUGUGCUUCAACUGAUGUUUUUAAAAAGUUGGAUUACGCCAAAACUGCUAACCCAAAUUGGAAUGUAAACGCUAAACCAAAAGAUGACCCACUAUCAGCAAGUUUUGGACUUUCGGGUGACGGCAAGGAUUACAUCAAACCAAAACUGAUAACAGUUAUUAAAAACGGUUUAAAACCAAGGAAAGCAGUGCGAGUUUUAUUGAACAAGAAAACUGCACAUUCUUUUGAACAAGUUUUGAAUGAUGUUACAGAAGCAAUCAAGUUAAAUUCGGGAAUUGUACGCAAAAUAUUCACAGUGGAUGGCCAACCAGUAAAUUCUUUAUAUGACUUUUUCAAAGAUGAAAACUCAGUAUUUAUAGCUUACGGCCAUGAACGGUGUACUCAGGAUGAUUUUGACCUCGACGAAAACGAAGUAAGAUUAGUCUCAGCAUAUAAAAAUACAACGUUCAGACAAUCAGAAAGGGUAACAUUGAGAUCACCAAGAACACCUCGCAAAAUCUCAUUAUCAUCUAGAAGUCUUGAUAAAUCAGGUUCCUCAUCACCAAUAGCUUCACCUAAAGCUUCACGCAAAUUAAGAGUUGUAUCUGCACCAAAAUACAGAACAGCAAAUGGCAUGAAUGGAGGACCACCAUCUUUAGCUCAGAGAUAUGAAAUUGGUAAAAUUAUUGGGGAAGGAAAUUUUGCAGUUGUAAAAGAGUGUACAGAAAAGAAAACACACAAGCAAUAUGCCCUAAAAGUGAUUGAUAAAGAAAAAUGUAAAGGCAAGGAACAAAUGAUUGAGAAUGAAGUAUCCAUACUCAGAAAAGUAGACCAUCCAAAUAUUAUAUUACUAGUGGAUGAAUUUGAUACCAAAGAUGAGUUAUACCUAGUCAUGGAAUUAGUCAAGGGCGGAGACUUAUUUGAUGCCAUCUCCACAUCCACUAAAUACACAGAGAGAGAUGCCAGCACCAUGAUACACAACUUAGCUAGUGCUCUUAAAUAUCUACACAAACUUAAUAUUGUACAUAGGGACAUCAAACCAGAAAAUCUGUUGGUAACACACCAUGCGGACCAAACAAAAUCAUUAAAGUUGGGAGAUUUUGGACUUGCUACAUAUUGCAAUGAAACCUUAUUUACUGUAUGUGGAACACCUACCUAUGUAGCACCUGAAAUACUCACAGAAGUUGGGUACAGUAUAGAAGUUGAUGUUUGGGCAGCUGGGAUUAUACUAUAUAUUCUUUUAUGUGGAUUCCCUCCCUUUGUAAGUGACACAAACAAUACAGAAGAAUUAUUUGACAAAGUAAUUGAUGGAUAUUUUGAAUUUUCUUCACCAUACUGGGAUGAUGUAUCAGAUUCGGCUAAAAAUCUGAUAAGUCAGAUGUUAGACAUCAAUCCAGAAUCUAGGUUAACUGCUGAGGAUGUAAUGUCACAUGAGUGGAUUAUUAAUGACAAGGCCAGCGAUUCAGACAUGCAGGUACAAGUAGCAAAGAAACUUAAGAAACAUUUCCGUAGGAGGAGUAAGGCAUCAUUAAGUACUGCUGGAAUCAGGCUUGUCGCUACCACUCCACUAGACAAAGCAUCUAGAUAUUUUGAAGGACAUAAGAGACAACCACCAUUAACACUUCCACAAGAUGAACAAGAAGAAGAAGAUGAAGUCUACUAGGAAUACAAAAAUACCAAAUAAUUCCAUGGCAGCCAUUAAACUUUAAAAUACAGAUAGUUUACAGCAAUCGUGUUAUAGACUCGCUCAAUAAAUAAAUAAUCCUUGUAACAAAACUGUAAAAUUUCAAAGAAGUUGUUGAUUAAGAUUUCACACACCUUGGGGGGUGGGGGAUGGGUAUUUUUUCAUGGUACAUGUAUAGCAAAGCCAUGUAUUAUUAUAAUUUAAAUAUUUCCUUACAAUAUCAAGUCUGAAACAACAAAAUCUAAAUCACUAUAACCAAUCAGGAAACACAAUAAAUAGUAUUGAAUAAAAUUUCACAUAGUCCAACUGUUGCCCCUUGUCAGUUUACGCUUACUGGUUUAUAAAGCAAUGGCUUAUUCUAGAAUUUUUAAACAUUUUCUUUCGCAGCUGAUCCAUGCCUUAUAUCUGUGAGACUGAGCUAUUCUAAUCAAUAGUUUUUUUUAUCAAAAAUAACAGUAUUCUUUGCAAAUACAUGACAAUGAUGAAAAAUAUUAAAUCAUUCAAAUUAACUGAUAGAUAUGGUGGUAACUUCCGAGGAAGUAAAUAGUUUUCAAAAAUGAUAUUGAUAGCCAUUUUGGCAGAUUUCUCGAAAUGAGUGAUAUGAUCACAAAAAUUUUGUAUAGGACCGACACAAUUUUUGGUAUAUUGUUAUAUAAAUAAUAGUAAGGACCAGCAGAUUUUCUUCAAGAACUACCCAAGAAAAUCAGAUUUUAAGAACUAUGUUCUGGUGAUAUCUAGUUUAAUACAGGGAUGAUUUUGCUUUAAAAUCAUUAAAAUUUAUCUGAAUUAAAGAAGAAUAUGUCUAAGAACACUGGAAAUAUAACAAUUAAAGAAUUUUUAAAUUGUUGACUUUUAAAGAUUUAUGCUUCCCAGAAAUGCAUAUUUUGUUUAUUAUGUCAUUAUCAUAUUUUCCUCAUUAUAUGCCAUUUGUAUAGUCAUGGGUUAACAAGUUUUACCCCGCUUAGGCUUUGCAAUUUUCCAAGUUAUAAAGGGCAUAACUCUAGAAGUUAGACUAGAACGGUAAGUGACUCACUGCCCAAAUUCGAACUCUGUCUGCAGGUUUUGGUUCUUAGCAUUGUGUAUGAGAUUCAUAAAAUUUGGAUGAGGAAAACUAAAGUUAGAGUGUGGAAACGAAAAAUAUGUGACGGGCAGUCAAGGGUAACACUUAGUUCCCCUAUUGCCUGCGGUGGGGGCAUAAAAACCUCCACCCAUUUCGAAAGUAUUAUUUUCUAACAACUCUCAAUAAGUCCAGCAACUUAAAAAGAAUUUCAAAAAGGGAAAAAAACUCAUAAUAGUUAAAUAGUUGAUAAGUAAUUCCUGUUAAUAGAUUUGUAGAUAUAUUUGAUAUCCAUUCCCUUCUAUUAUCAAGUAUACAUACAAUAUAUCAGCAUUAUUGUGCUUUAGUAUUGUGAUAUUUCUGUUGGUGCUGAAUGUUGUUUAUUUUGUUGUGCCUUUGAUAUUGUAAAUAAUUACACCAAUAUUUCUUCUUUAAAGUUGUAAUUUAUUAUGCAAAAUGUUUGUUUUGUUGAAAAUGCCAAUCAUUUACUAUAUUCCAUCUUCAAUGAACAACAAGAAGCUUUUGAAAUUUCACUGUCAAUGCAAACAGGUGGUGAAAAUUAAAUCCAAUUUUUGAUAAAGUUUUGUAUUAACAAUGUUUUUAAUUGUACCGUUAAAAAGAAAAGACAAGUCAUUUUACUGUUACUUCUGUAUGUUCAAGAUUUACUUUAUUGAUAAGGGUUGCACUGUUCAAAUGAAUGAACUAUGAACUAUUUUCACUACUCAAACAACAACCAUAAGUUAAAAUUUUAUUAGCUGUUUUAUGAAUUACCAGGUUGCUGCAUUUGUUAUAUGCCAAUUUAUUGUUCGCUAAUUUAUUUAUGAAUAAAAUUUAAACUGUUUUCA